AUGACUUGCCAAGCGUUUGCUUCAUCUGACAGCUUUGUGCCCUUGAAUUCUGACUCUUCUCCCUCUCUGCCUCUGAUAAUGCAUCAUAGCGCCGCAGAAUGCCUGCCAGUCUCUAACCAUGCCACCAAUGUUGUGUCUACAGUUCUCUCUGUUUUGUCUUUGAUCUAAACUCCUGUAUGCUCCCAUAUCCAACUUGCCAUGAUGAUUUUGGGAAACACCUCAGCAGGCCUUCAUUACUCUGUGCCCUCCUGUCAUUAUGGAAAUCAACCAUCUACCUAUGGGGUGAUGGCAGGUAGCCUGACCCCUUGCCUUUAUAAAUUCCCGGAGCACGCCCUGAGCGCCAGCUCCUGUGCCCUGGGCCACGGCUUCACGCCCAUGCACCAGACCCUCCUCACAGACGAUCCCAGCACGGCAGACUUCAAGCAGGAGUUCCGCAGAAAAAGCAAGUCUGUUGAAGAGCCUGUCGACAUGGACUCCCCUGAAAUCAGGGAACUGGAGAAAUUUGCUAAUGAAUUUAAGCUGCGGAGAAUUAAGCUGGGCUAUACACAAACCAACGUUGGAGAAGCACUGGCUGCUGUGCACGGCUCUGAAUUCAGCCAAACUACUAUUUGCCGGUUUGAAAACUUGCAGCUGAGUUUCAAGAACGCAUGCAAACUGAAAUCAAUACUGUCCAAGUGGCUAGAGGAGGCAGAACAAGUAGGAGCUUUAUACAGUGAAAAAGUUGGAGUGAAUGAGCGGAAGAGGAAGCGCAGAACCACCAUAAGUAUCGCUGCCAAAGAAGCCCUAGAGAGGCACUUUGGAGAGCAAAGCAAGCCUUCUUCUCAAGAAAUUAUGAGGAUGGCUGAGGGGCUCAAUCUUGAGAAAGAAGUUGUGAGAGUUUGGUUUUGCAACAGAAGACAAAGGGAAAAAAGAGUGAAGACAAGUUUGCAUCAGAACGCCUUUAGUUCUAUUAUCAAGGAGCAUCAUGAAUGCCGGUAA